AUAAUAAAUGGGAGUGUGCCCCUUCCUUUGCAAUAGCAAGCAUAGAAUUUCAAGAGUAAAGAGAAAUUUGAGUGGAAAAGAUGUUGCAUGUAAAUGGAGGUAUGGGAGACACCAGUUAUGCCAACAACUCUAAACUUCAGCGAGAGAUAAUAUCCAUGACAUGCUCGAUUGCAAAGGAAGCUCUUACCAAUUUCUACAAACAACACAUUCCAACAUCCAUAACAAUGGCAGAUUUGGGUUGUUCUUCAGGACAAAACACUUUAAUGAUUGUUUCUUAUUUGAUCAAACAUGUUGAAGAGGCUCGCCAAAAGCUUCACCAAAGGCCUUUGGAGUAUCAAAUCUUCUUGAAUGAUCUUCAUGGAAAUGACUUCAAUGCCGUCUUUACAUCAUUACCAAGCUUUUUGGAAGAUUUGGAGGUCCAGAUUGGAGGUGAUUUUGGUCCAUGCUUCUUCCAUGGAGUUCCUGGUUCUUUCUAUAUCAGACUCUUUCCCACCGACAGUAUCCAUUUUUUUCAUUCAUCUAGCAGUCUCCAUUGGCUUUCUCAAGUUCCUAUGGGGAUAGAGAAUAACAAAGGGAACAUUUACAUAGGUAGUACAAGUCCAAAGAGUGUGGCAGAAGCUUAUUAUAAGCAAUUUCAAAAGGACUUUUUAAUGUUUUUGAAGUGUCGAGCUGAGGAAUUGGUAAUGGGUGGACAUAUGGUUUUAACUUUGGUUGGAAGAACAAGUGAAGAUCCAUCAAAAUCUGGAGGUUACUAUAUUUGGGAGCUUUUGGGUUUAGCUCUCAAUACCAUGGUAGCUGAGGGAAUUGUGGAAGAGAAAAAGGCGGAUUCAUUCAAUAUUCCAUACUAUAUUCCAUCGCCAAAGGAAGUGGAAGCCGAAGUGGUAAAGGAAGGAAGUUUCAUCCUUAAUCUAUUGAAAGCUUCAAGUAUUAACUUAAAUCAUAUUGUUCGCGAAACUGAUCAACAAGAUCACUCGAGUAGUCCACUGAUUAAUAAUUCCCUGGCCAAUGCUGACGACUAUGAUUUCGCCAAGUGUAUUCAAUCUGUGGCUGAACCACUUUUGAUUCAUCAUUUUGGAGAAGAGAUCAUGGACGAAUUAUUUAUCCGACACAAAAUAAUUGUUGCUGAUUGCAUGGCUAAACACAAGAUUAUGGAAUGUAUUAAUCUCACUAUCUCAUUAACUAAAAAAAUGUAAUGAGAUCAGAGUUAAA